AUGGAUAAUUAAUCAGUUCCUAGUUCGAGCGAUUAAGUCACCGCAUAGAGAGAAAUGGCGCUGAGGGCAGCCGUUCUUCGCCACGUUCGAGUUCCAGUCCAAUUCUUAGCCCUACCUCGCCGGGGAAGCCAGCCUCCGUCGUGUGCCAGUGGAUCGCUCCGGCUAUUUUCAUCGCAUGAUGAUCACAUAACCAAGGAGGAGGUCAUUGAGAGAGUUCUCUCGGUUAUCAAGUGCCAUCCGAAAGUCGAUCCGUCCAAGGUGAGUCCUGAUGUUCAUUUCCAAAAAGAUUUGGGUUUAGACAGCUUGGACACUGUGGAGAUUGUAAUGGGUCUGGAAGAGGAGUUCAAGCUAGAGAUACCAGACAAGGAGGCUGAUAAAAUAGAUUCCUGUGAUCUCGCAAUCGAGUACGUUUACAACCAUCCAAUGUCUAGUUGACAAAGUAUUUGCAUCUCUCUCUCUCUCUCUCUCUCUCUAGUUCUAUUUUGUUAUUCAGUGAAAGAGUUUUCAUCUCAACAUUGUUGUUUUGACCGUUCUUGGGUUCUUGUUGAGAGUUGAUAUCCUUACUCUGUGAUGGAAAAUAAUUGCAACUGCAUGGAACAUAAUACAUUCGGUCCAGACAAAUUUGAAUAUCUUUUCACCCUGCUCA